AUGUUGGAUGUUGCAAAAGAAAAAUAUGCAUCCCUUUUAAAGGAAGAUGUUUGCGCGAUUCCAUCCAUAAGCACUUCUUGCAGCACUGUCGUUGCCGAUUCCUAUCCUGUUGCCCAGGAGGGGUGGGCACUCAAAGAAUCGACAAAAAGUUAUCGUUUCAACGAAAAGCAAAAAAGCUACCUAACCUCUAAGUUCAACAUCGGCCAAGAGACAGGACGGAAAAUGAAAGCGGACGUUGUAUCGAAAGAAAUGAGGCAUGCGCGCAAGGAGGAUGGUCACCAGCUAUUCGGUGUCACGGAGUUUCUUUCUGUUGAACAAGUUUUCUCAUUCUUUUCUCGCAUGGCUGCAACGGUCCGACAGCAAAAGAUCACUAUAACGGAAGCAGAUGCUGUGGCUGCUGUAGAAGAGGAUAAUUUUCAUGAAAUGAGAAACAAAGUUUUGUCAUCGUUGCAACUACAACACCCUAUCGUUUUUGAUCAAUAUAAUGUAUGUGAUAUGGUGAAAAGUAGUACUCUGAAAAAAUUGAAAAUGGAUAUGCUUCAACGCCUAUGCGAAGAACUUAACCUCGAUGUUCCAGAAAUGUCUGGCAAGAAGAAGAACACAAAGUUACCUUACAUCAAGCUCCUAGAAAGUGCUGUUUCCGGAUGCUCCUGUAACACUGGCUGA